CCUUACCUAAACCAUUUCCUCUGUGUUCUGCUGUUCUCCCUGUAGCACGGAACAGAGGAAUCAAAUAACUAGCGGCAUCAGACACCGUUUCUGCCACAAUUCAAUUUUCAUGGAGUUUGAGAUUGAUGGUACUGGCGAGACAGUAACAAAUGCUGCUAUAGAUGAGAUUAGUAGCGUGGCUGAUGACAACGGAGAAGGUGAAUCUAUCGAGCCAAAUUACAAACAAGAUGAAGGUGAUAAUGUUGCUCAAGAUUCCUCUGGGAUCACAAUCCCAUUUGCAAUUCCCACAGUAUCAGUUGUUGCAGUUGAAGAGCCGUAUGUGGGUCAGGAAUUUGAGUCAGAAUCAGCAGCACAGGCAUUUUACAAUGCAUAUGCCACAGAUGUCGGAUUCAUCGUGCGUGUGAGUAAACUGUCGCGAUCAAGGCGUGAUGGAACUGCCAUUGGACGUGCUCUUGUUUGCAACAAAGAAGGUUUCAGAAUGCCUGACAAGCGUGAGAAGAUUGUGAGGCAAAGGGCUGAGACCAGGGUUGGUUGCCGGGCAAUGAUUAUGGUGAGGAAAGUUAGUUCUGGCAAAUGGGUUGUUACAAAGCUUGUGAAGGAACAUACACAUCCUUUGACUCCUGGUAAAGGCAGAAGGGAUUUCGUUUAUGAACAAUAUCCGAACGAACAUGACAAAAUUCGGGAACUAUCUCAGCAGUUGGCAUGUGAGAAAAAGCGAUCUGCAACCUAUAAAAGACAUCUUGAACUGAUAUUUGAGCACAUUGAAGAGCAUAACGAGAGUCUUUCAAAGAAAAUACAGAACAUAGUAGACAGUGUGAGGGAGAUGGAAAAAACCAAAGAACAACAGAGUCAACUCUAACGAUAGGUUGAACUUGUGAUGUGAUAGUUUUGGUGGGUAGAAGAAACUAGUUCCGUGAAUAUGUGUAUAGGUUCUUUGAGUCCAUUCUUGUGGAGCAGCACCAUCAAUGUAGAAUCUCAUUCUUCCAUUUU